AAGUCAUUUGACAUGGCAUGUUUCCUGCGUUGUGUCCUCGUGCUCAGGGUUGCGACUCAUGGGAUGUAGUAAAUGGAGAGCUGCGUUCAACUUUGGACACCUGAAGGUGCAGUCCAAGCUGUCCGUGUUCUUUACCAUGAUCAUUCUCUUCACUUACCUCUUUUACUGUCUCAACGGAUACUGUGACUCCCUGCCCAGGCCUGUAUAUGACCAACAAACUCAUCUUCAAAAUAAAAUUAUCUUAAAUGAUGGACAAGAUACGGCAGCGAAGCAGCUCGGUGCGUAUAACGCGUCGCCUGUCUCGUUUGUCCGGGAACAGCUGUCGGAUUUGGAAAUCAGCGAUGUUCCAGCUACUAAUAUAUCUAUAGCGAAUACUUUCGGCAGCAAAAAGUUUCCUCAGGCCAUCAUCAUCGGGGUGAAGAAAGGUGGCACUCGGGCUCUGCUGGAGUUCCUGCGCAUCCAUCCGGACGUGAGAGCAGUCGGAGCAGAGCCGCACUUCUUUGACCGUUUCUAUGAAAAGGGACUGGAGUGGUACAGGAACCUGAUGCCUCGUACACUGGAGGGUCAAAUUACCAUGGAGAAGACUCCCAGUUACUUCAUCACUAAAGAGGCCCCUCGCCGUGUCUUUUCCAUGAGUCGCCACACUAAGCUGAUCGUGGUGGUGCGUGACCCCGUAACCCGGGCUGUUUCUGAUUACACCCAGACUCUGACCAAAUCUCCUGGGCUCCCAUCCUUCCAGAAUCUGGCCUUUCGCAAUGCCACCACAGGCCUCAUUGACACCUCUUGGAGCGCUGUACGCAUUGGCAUCUACGCGAAGCAUCUAGAGAACUGGCUGCGAUACUUUCCGCUCUCGCGGUUCCUCUUUGUCAGCGGCGAACGCUUGGUGACUGACCCAGCAGGCGAGAUGGGCCGGGUCCAGGACUUCCUGGGACUCAAACGUGUAGUAACAGACAAGCACUUCUACUUCAACCAGACCAAAGGUUUCCCCUGCCUAAAGAAGCCAGAGGGGAGCAGCAGGCCGCGCUGCCUGGGGAAGUCAAAGGGCAGGCCCCAUCCCCAGAUCCCCUCUGAGGUCCUGCUUAGGCUCAGAGACUUCUACAGACCCUUCAAUCUCAAGUUCUACCAAAUGACCGGCCACAAUUUUGGCUGGGACUGAACAGCUGCUUACCAAAGCUCUUAAAAGUUGUCAGUAGUGUUCUUGUUCAGCCAACAGCCAAGACCAGACAGGGAUGUUUUAAAGACAUUGUGUGUUACCAAAGCUUUUACUGUGCAAAAAAAUGCUUUUCAUUUCAAUUUCCUAAUCUAUAAAAACUGAAUGCAGGAUCUGCCAACACUCUCGCUGCCUUCCUCCAGGUUUACAGCAGCCAUGCUAAUACAAUUUGUGAAAGCUUCUCAAGAGCCACUUUAGCAAACAAUGCUAAACAAAAAGCUUUUGGCAGGCACAGGUCAUACUACUUCGGUGUGAUGAGGACAUGCCAGAGUGAAAUAUACUGCUCAUUUGUGUAAAGUUGAAACAUCUCGCACUUGGCACCAAAAGUGCAAGAAGUCCAAAAUACGGAACAGAACAACAUCCACAUUGAAAAUAAAACUAGUCAGUUAAACUAAAUGGCAAGAGAGAAACAAACCUUGGCAGCGGGGCAAAGCUAUGAUAAACCAAAUUACAUAUUUGAGCUCUGCUACAAGAAUAACACAAAACAGCAACAAAAAAACAAAAGGUUUUGAAUUAUGCACAAUGAAACAAUCAAAAUAAAUGUAAAUGUGUUAAUCAUUCAAAAUCACAUCAGCAUUGUUCAGUUUACCUCUCAGUAGAUAAUCUAAGAUGUUUAUACAGUAUAUACAGUUAUAGGAAGUACUUUUUUUUCUUCAGUUCUUACAAGAGGUACAAGAAGUGUAAAAAGCUGACUGUGCUGUAAAUUUGCUUUUAUUUAUGUUGCCAGUACAAUUAUAUUUGAAAUGCUCACCACAACUGUAUCUGUGAUUAUUUUCAACUUCAUUUGAUCAACACUCACCUCCACAAAUGGUACUUAACAUGCAACUGUAUAUUUCUAAAAUGCUAAUUUAUAAGUUGACAAGCUAUUGUUGAGAUGUUUUCUCUGAGACUUUUGUAUUUGAAAUUCUGCUGAUAU